AUGCCCGUCACAUUCACCGUCGCAACACACAAGGCGUCGCCCGUAAAGAACGCCGUUCUCGACGGCAAGGGGCUCACGGCACGCGAGAUCUACGGCAAAGCGUGCCCGCCCAACUUCAGCGCGGUGGGGAAACUGAGGGGGAGCUCGUUCGAGGAGACGGAUGUGCCGUACAAGCCAUACCCGUUGACAUUGCAUACCGACCUGGAUGACCCAGCGGGGACGCCGACAAAAAAGGGGAAGCUCGCGCGGCUAAGUGGUAUAUUCAGCAAAAAGUCGGCUGAGAAGGCGGGAGUCGUGGCAGCCCCCGAGUCCGCUGUCAAACGCGAGCCGCCAUUCCGCCCCGUCAAGCGCAACUCUCCUCACAUCCCCAACGUCGUCCCACAGUCCAACGGCCUCGUUUACACCAUCGCGUCUGCGUACAACCAGCACCACGCGCUCGUCUUGCGGCCGGACGACAUCUGGCUCGCCAUCCUCGCCCAAUUCAACUUCUUCGUGAACGCCAACGCCGAGCUGCUGCGCGCCAACUUUGUCGCGCACGAGGACAAGAAGGAGCUGCAGGUCACGCGGGACGUCAUGGCCGACUUUGGCGAGUUCUCGCGGGCGAUGGUCGGGGAGAUCGAGAAGAACGUCGUGGACCCCACGCUCCGCGCAUGGAUCAUCCCCGACUUCAGCACUACAACGGAGAAGGAUGUUACUGUGGCGUCGAUCGUGCUCAUGGCGACACUCAAGGCGUACUUCACGUAUGUCUUCGACGCUGUCUGCUGUGGGAUCCCUCGCGUCACGCUCGAGGGGCAGAAGGCAGACUGGGAGAAGCUUCUGGCUAGGGCGGAGAAGCUCAAGGAGUAUGGCAUCGAGCCAACGGCGUGGUAUCAUCUGCUUGUGCCCGUCCUGACCCGCUUCGUCAAGACAUUCGAUGCACCGUACUCCCCCGAAAUACAGGCGUUCUGGGGCAAGGUGGCCCAUUUCGAGCAGGGCGGAAGUGGGCCGGACACGUACACCGGCUGGAUCGCUGCAUUUUGUGUGUGGGACCAGCACGGGAAGUGGGUCGGGCCCUGGCUGAAAUCCAGCGAGCAAGUCAUCUGGACGACUCCACCUUACAUGCUCUCUGCGAAGGACUUCUGGAAGCAAUACCUCACGUACCCGGAUCCUGGGAUGUACUCCCUCCAGCUGGACGACUCGAACUACCACCAGGUCGGCGCAGACGCCAUCCCGCCCGCGUAUGCCGACGUCGACGUCACGCUGACCGACCAGAACGCGGGGACGAUCACCAAGGCGCUGAUCACGGCGGGGAUGGUCGGGAUGGAGGUGUGCUCGAGCGGGGACAAGGAGCUUUCGGAGGAGGGGAAGAAUGACGUUGUGCGCCCCGUCGCAGGGUGGUGGUUGUUGGAGAAACUCAAUCAGGGGGACUAG